UCCAUUUCUGCGUUGCAUUUUGGGUUCCCAAUGUCCAAACCUCGACUCCUUAAAAUAUUUUUUUCUCCUUUUUGGUGUCUCUUUAUUUGCCGCCACCUCCAUUAAAUUCCUUCUUUCCCUGCCUCCCUCCCUCCUUCUUCCUCCUCUUCUUUGUUUUCCUGUUGUACAAAUUAUGAAACUAUUACUACUGAUAUGUGCAAACCAUUCAGUUUAGUUUUCUUACAAGAUCAACCUCAAUGUUCAAAAUGAUCAAACAACAUCACCCAAAUCUCCAACAUACCAAAGGUUCGUUCUUUGGCUUCAUGUUGUUGCCCACUUCACUUUUCGCUCUUUCCAUCAUCCUCCUUUUAGCUUUCAAUGGCUUCUCCGUUUUCUAUAUCUAUCUCCCCGGUUAUCUCAAAUCUUCACCGGAACCCAUCAGAUUACUGCCUGAGAAUCUUUCCGGCGAGAAAACGGUGACGAAGCUGGUCUCUUCAGUGAUGUAUGCAGUGAAAGAAGAAAACCCAUCCGUUGUUUCAAAGACCCAUUUGGUCCAAAAACCAAACGUUUCAAUGGUUCCCAGACCAAAACAGGGUCGUUUAGCCCGACAGAUACACAGAACACUGGGUGGUUCAGGGACAAAGACAAAAGGGGUUUUCGCCUCUAAAGUUAAGGCCUUCUUCCAGAAUUCAAAGUGCAAGUCCCGGUUCUUCAUGACUUGGAUUUCUUCGAUCGAGGCGUUGAGUGAUCGAGAAUUGCUAGCGAUCGAGAGUGUGUUCAAAUCACACCCCAAAGCCUGUUUAGUCAUCGUUUCGAAUUCAUUGAAUUCCAAAAAGGGAAACGCUGUUUUGAAGCCGUUUCGGGAUUUGGGGUUCAAAUUGAUCGCUGUUCAUCCCGAUUUUGAUUAUAUUUUCAAGAACACGUUCGCCGAAACGUGGUUUAAUCGGUUGAAGAAAGGGAGCGUCGAUCCCGGUGAAGUUUCUCUUGGUCAAAAUCUCUCGAAUUUGCUUCGGCUUGCUUUGUUAUAUAAAUACGGCGGUGUUUAUAUAGACACCGAUGUUCUAGUUUUGAAGAGAUUCGAUCGUUUGAGAAACGUGAUCAGUGCUCAAUCCAUCGAUCCCGGAACCAAGAACUGGAGCCGGUUGAACAAUGCCGUUCUGAUUUUCGACGAACACCAUCCGUUGUUGUUCAAAUUCAUUCAGGAAUUCGCGCUCACGUUCGACGGAAACCGAUGGGGUCACAACGGACCUUACUUGGUCUCGAGGGUCGUUGCGAGGGUCACCGGUCGACCGGGGUUUAACUUCACAGUGCUUCCGCCUUCGGCGUUUUAUCCGGUCGAUUGGACUCGGAUUCGGAGCCUGUUUCAGGGGCCGAGAAACGGGAGCCACUCGAAUUGGUUGAAUGUUAAGCUUAGGCAGAUCCGGAGGCAGAGCUAUGCGAUUCAUCUUUGGAAUAGACAAAGUAAGAAGGUUGAAGUUGAAGAAGGGAGCAUCAUUGAUCAUAUUAUUUCAGAUUGCUGCAUCUUUUGCAACUCUUCAAAAUCAAGUUUUAAAGUACAGAAAUAAGGAUCAAAUUGUCACAUUAUUGUUCUAUGUUGAAAUGUUUAUCAUUAUCGUAA